AACGCAGCUGUUUUAGAAGGGGUGGAUAGAUCAACCGGACAAAGCCGCGGAGGAAAAUUACCGCUGCCCUGCAGGGUUCGGUUAGUGUUUUUCUGGUUGUCCUUCCGCUCUAGGUUAAUCUCACUGUACUCUGGGAUUAUCUGGGAGCGGGAAACCACGCCAUGGUUGUGUGGGAAUAAGUUUGGAAGCUGCGGUCAGUUAUGUGAGAAGAAAUCUGGACGUAGAAGUGUGCAGGCGUCCAAGCGGAAAGUUAAUAGAAGCGGGAGCUGUCGGUACGAUGGGAGCGUAAACACGUCGGUGUGCUGAGAACGGAGCCGUGAUUCACCAUGUGGAGAGCCGCUGUGUGCUGCCUGCUGCUGCUGGAGAACUUCCUCCGAUCCGCCCAGGGUCUGAACUUGUGCACGAGCGGCAGGGCUACUUCCUGUGAGGACUGCCUGAUGAUCCACCCCAGCUGCGCCUGGUGUGCACAAGAGGACUUUGGGAGGAGUACCUCUCUGACAUCGCGGUGUGACCUCAGCCUGAACUUGCAGAAGAGGGGCUGUGAGGCGCGUUUCAUCGAGUUCCCAACGAGCAGCGCCUCCAUCCUACAGAACACACCUUUGAGUUCUAAAGGAUCUGGAUCGGCCCAGUAUGAUGUUGUCCAGAUUAUGCCCCAGAAGAUCUCCUUAAACCUGCGGCCAGGAGACCAGACGUGGUUUAGUUUGCAGGUGCGGCAGGUGGAGGACUACCCGGUGGACCUCUACUAUCUGAUGGACCUCUCUCUUUCCAUGAAAGAUGACCUGGUCACCAUCCUUAACCUGGGCACCAAGCUGGCACACGAGAUGGGGAAGCUCACCAGUAACUUCAGGCUGGGCUUCGGCUCGUUUGUGGAUAAAAACAUGUCGCCUUUUUCCUACACAGCACCCAAGUAUCAGGAGAAUCCCUGCAACGAGUACAAGCUGUUCCAGCGCUGUGUCCCCAGCUUCGGUUUCCGCCACAUCCUCCCUCUGACGGACAAGGUGGACCGUUUCAACGAGGAGGUGCAGAAGCAGGUGGUGUCUCGGAACCGGGACGCACCAGAGGGUGGAUUCGACGCCAUCCUGCAGGCGGCGGUUUGCCAGGAGAAGAUCGGCUGGAGGAAAGGAGCCUACCACCUGCUGGUUUUCACCACAGACGAUGUCCCACACCUGGCUCUGGACGGUCGGCUAGGCGGCCUCGUUCAGCCGCACGACGGACAGUGUCACCUGGAUGAGCGGAACGAGUACAGCGCCUCCACAAAGAUGGACUACCCGUCUCUGGCUCUGCUCGGCGAGAAACUGGCAGAAAAUAACAUCUUCCUCAUCUUUGCUGUGACCAAAAGAUUCUACGUUAUUUACAAGAAUUUCACUGCUCUCAUACCCGGAACCACUGUGGAGAUCCUGGACCAAGACUCCAAGAACGUCAUUCAGCUGAUCGUCAAUGCCUACAGUAACAUCCGUUCUAAAGUGGAGCUGACGGUGUCGGACCACCCAGAGGACAUCAACCUGUCCUUCACCGCCACCUGCCAGGACGGCACACCGCUGCCAGGCCUCAGGAGAUGUGCAGACUUGAAAAUAGGAGACACAGUUUCAUUCAACGUGAGCGUGGAGGCGAGGAGUUGCCCCUCUCACGGUGCCGACCAGACCUUCACCAUCAAGCCGGUGGGGUUUAAGGACCGCCUGGAGGUGGCUGUGCAUCAUAAGUGUGACUGCAGCUGCAGCUCAACCGCACAGAUCAACAGCAGCACCUGCAGCUCCAUCGGGACGCACACCUGUGGCAUCUGUCACUGUGAGCCAGGUCACCUGGGUGCCCGCUGCGAGUGCCAGGAGGGCGAUUCCAGCAGCGUGCAACUGGGCGACUGUCGGGAAGCCGAGGGCAAGCAGCUCUGCAGCGGACGAGGCGAGUGCAGCUGCAACCAGUGUGUGUGCUACGAGUCAGAGUUUGGGAAGAUCUACGGCAGCUUCUGCGAGUGUGAUGAUUUCUCCUGCACACGACACAAAGGCGUCCUCUGCUCUGGACACGGGGAAUGUGACUGUGGGGAGUGUAAAUGCCACGCCGGCUUCAUCGGAGACAACUGUAACUGCUCCACCGAGACUUCGUCCUGCAUCUCCGAUGACGGGAACAUGUGUAGCGGCCGGGGAAACUGUGUGUGUGGACACUGUCAGUGCACUGAGCCGGGGGCUUUUGGCGACACCUGUGAAAAAUGCCCCACCUGUCCCGACGCCUGCGGGACUAAGAGGGAGUGCAUCGAAUGUCGACUGUUUAACUCUGGGAGACUCGCAGACAACCAGACUUGUCAGCGCCUGUGCAAGGACAAAAUCGUCACAGUGGAGAACCUUGAAACGAAAGAGCCCGAUGCUGUGCUUUGUUUGUAUAAGACAGACAACGACUGCGUCAUGAAGUUCACCUACUCCGAGCACGCCAGCGGCCUGUCCUUACUCACUGCUCUUGCAGAACCGGAGUGUGGCGGGGCUCCAGACGCCUUCAUGGUUUUGCUCGUAGUGGUUGGCAGCAUCUUGCUGAUCGGAAUAGUCCUGCUGGCCAUCUGGAAACUGGUCAUCACCAUACACGACCACCAAGAGUUUGCUCGCUUCCAAAGUGCACGCUCACGUGCUCGAUAUGAAAUGGCCUCCAACCCACUGUACAAGCAGCCAGUCAGCACACACUUUUUGGAGUCAGACUUCAGCAUGUUUGGGAAGUCCUACAACGGUGGGGUCCACUGAUCCCCCAACACAAGGCACGGCAGGACCGGUCCGACUCACAGAUCCCCGAUGGAGCUCGCUCCUCCCCUCUCCUCUCCUCUCUGCUGAGUCCACAGGAGUUGUCCUCUUGCAGCUACUGAGGAGAUCCCAACUGAGGUGUGACUUCUUCACCACCGUGCUGCAGAGGAUCAUGAGCUGAACCCACGAAGAAGACUGAGACAAAUUCAAUCUGCAGUCAAACAAAAGCCAAGCAGCAGAUCAUCGGAUCACUUUUGUAUAUUUUUCUAAACACAUUUAUAGUUUGAACUCGUUCAGCAGAACUCUGAUUAGCUUCAAAUAACACAAUUCUGGAGGAACGUCCAAUCGUUCGGUACUAAUAUUGACUAAGAAACGGGCUUUUUGCACAAUGAAUUUUAAUAGUGUGUGUGUGUGUGUGUGUGUGUGUGUGUGUGUGUGUGUGUGUGUGUGUGUGUGUGUGUGUGUGUGUGUGUGUGUGUGUGUGUGUGUGUGUGUGUGUGUGUGUGUGUGUGUGUGUGUGUGUGUUUGCACAUCAUUCUAUUCAUUUGAAUGGUACCAACGUGGCCCUAAACCAGUGACGUUGACGUCAUCUCUCUGGUUUAUUUUUCCUGACACCAGCGCCUGAAUUCUUAAUCCUGCUUUGGGCCAAAACUCGCCCUCCACCCCUGGAUGAAGUCGCUAAGCUGCAGAGGACUCUUCUGUAUUCAGAUUUUUGAACAUAAGAGCUCCUCUUGACUUUCACCAGAGCCUCGGUCAGACACCAUCUGAUGUGGCACUUACUCUGCCCUGUUGUGUGUAGAUUUAACCUGCUGUCAUCGGCUAAAGGUCAGAGGUCACGCUGACCUACAGGCCAUUCCUUUAAACCAUUUGAAGAUUAAAGUUUUACACCUCACUUAUUCACUUCAUCUCCACAGUUUUCCAAAGCCAACAUUGUUGAAGCGCUGUCAUGAGUACCUACUGCUUCCUCAAACUUCAUCCUGAAAAUCAUGUUUACUGGAAUUCAAAUCAGAUGUUUGAUAUGUCGAUAAGAAUUAAAGCGGUUUUUGAUGAUUUAUAUUUUUGUGAAUGAAUGCCAAUACACUUUUUUUCUCUUGAUUUCAUAGACUAUCUUUAGUUGCACAUCUAUUAUUUAGUUUUCUGGAAUUAAAGUAUCACUGGUAUUAAUGCCCAAAUGGCUCCUCCCAACCAGAGCUGGUCUGUUCCCAGUGUGUUGGCCCUCACCGCUGUGGGAGUGGAUGCAUGUAUGGUGUGUGUGUGUGUGUGCGCGUGUGCACAUCUCUGAAAUCGGAGUGUUUUCUUUGAGUCUUUGCACAUUUGACUAAAACUACUGCAGCAGAAACAUUUAUGUGAGUCCGGUCCAUACUCGAGUCCACCAGAGGACUCCCACCCCUCCAUGUCGGCAUAACUCUGCACAAACAAUAAAUGGCUUCAAUCGGUA